UUGCUGCUUGGUGGGGCUGCAGGCUCGCAGGCUGUAGAGGAAAGGGUCUGCGGUGAGUCAAGCAUCCCUAUAAAAGCCUGGCCCCCCACAGGCCUGGGAGCAGUGUUGGGCACUGCACUGUUCCUCUCUAUUUCCAUGGGAUGCAGAGUUGGCUGCUUCUGUCCCAGUAUGGACUCCCAUCAUGGAGGGUACCAUCCCUUCCCCUACGGGAUGCAGGGGUAGAUAUGGGCAAGGUAUGGUGACAGGCAUCAAGGCACCAGCACUGCACAAGGUUCACCCAGCAGCUCACUGGAGCCAUCCCAUGGAGAGCUGCACUGGCACAAGGGCAGUGAUGGGUGAGGUUGAGCUGGCACUCCCAUGGGCAGCACCCACAACUCUGAAGAUUCCUGCUGGGAAGACAUGGAGGAGAAACCAGUGUAGUUCAGAGGUGUGGUAUAACUGCAAAACCCCACCAGGUCCUCAGAAAGCACCCACUGCUCCAGUCACCUGGUCCCCUUUCCCCACCCAUGCAGGAGAACAAGCCCAGCCUAACCCCUCCUGCAGGCCCUCGCUGUGCCACAGGAGGCUGAGCGGUGCCAUGGCUGUGCCCGGGAGGUGCAAGGGGGAGCCCUCCCCACAGGCAGUGCUGGCUGCCUGCACCCUCCCGCUCACCUGGCAGGCUGGCAGGGCCACAGCGGCAUGGGGCCUCCGGGCUUUUUGUCCUGGUGCCACAGUGCACGGUCCUAAUGGAAGCAGUGGGCAGGCCAAAGCUCUCCAUCACCCUCGUGUAGCUGGUGAUGGUGUAGCUCCUGCAGCAUGGUACCCAUGCUGUAAUCCAGCUGAUGUCACAAAGGGACGGUGCACAGCAGGAUGCUCCUGGGCAGUCUGCUCAGGCCCUGGGAUCUGGGAGCUUGGCCAGCACAAGCGGACAGCCAGCCUGGGCUGGAGAGGGAGCCUAGAGGGGUGGGCAGUGCAGUGCCCAGGCUGUGGGUGCUCCCAGGGAACAUCCUGCUGCUCUGCAGGUGCCUGGCUGACAAGGGCCUCCUGUGGGUCCCAUCUCCGCAGGCAGCGUGCCAGGUCCGGGCAAGGGUCAGCAGCAAACCUUUACUGGCAGUGCGGAAGGGGCAAGCCCGCUGUCCCCUUGCCAUUCCCUUGGUAAAUCCUCUUUCUUUCUUUCUACAAUCUGCUUCCCAAGUCGCCCAGUGUCAGGUAAGAGAUGCUCUUGGUGUGUUGGCAGUGCUGGUGUGGAGCCCUGGGCUCACUGCUACCUCGUUGCGCCCCAUGCUGUCCUCAGUGCAUGGCCUGGCUGCCCACAGCCUCUGUGGGGCUUCAGAAGCAACCUCCCUGUCCCUCAGAAUUUGCUCCCAUGCUGCUGCGUUGGGAGCUGGCGGGCAGCUCUUGGACAUGUUGUCCCUGCCAGGGUCCCCUCUCCGGCCUGGCUCACAAGCCCUCACUGUUCCCUUUCCCCCACCAGUGGACCAGAGCAUGUUUGAGAAUGCCAGCGCCAGCACAGCACCCACCCCACGGCCGCAGCACGGCCCUGCCACAGCCCUGCCGCAGCCCUCCCGCCCUGCCAGCAGCCAGCACCUCCGCAACCUGGGCAAGGCCAUGGGGGCCAAGGUGAAUGAUCUCCUGCGCCGCAAGGAGCCGGGUGGCCUCCCCGUCAUGGGAGUGAUGGAGGUGAAUGCCAGCGCUGGUGCCAUUCUGGGCACGGGACAGCCAGCUAGCGAGGAUGGGGCUGUGGGGCUGGAUGCUUUUCCCCGGUUGGACCCCCCGCCCCCUGUCACCAAGAAGCGGACACCACGUGCCCUGAAGACCCCACAGGACAUGCUCAUUGCACCACAGCCAGUGGGGACCACCCCAAGGAGCAGCAUGGAGAAGCCCCCUGAACCCCCCACAGCCCACCCUGACCCCUCAGGGGAGCAGCCGGGGAUGAGGGACCCAUCCCCUCCAGAAUGCCCUGGGGUCCCCAGCACGAUGGGCACCCCAGAUCCCAGUGGGGACCAGCCCACUGGUGCUCUCCCUGUGCCUGACCUCAUCCAUAAGGGUAACCUGGAAAGCCAGCGGCGAGCAGGCGAGAGGGCCACCGAGACCUCACCCCACACAGAGAAACCCUCCCGGAGACCAGGGCUGGAGCAUGAGCCGCUGGGGAGCACAGGGCGGCCGGAGACAUGUACCCCCGGCUGGGAGGUAGAGGGGACCCAUCCUGACUUACUGUCAUUUGAGUAGCAGUGGGGGAGCCACAGCAGGGGCACUGUGGGGGCUGGCUCUCCCAAGCAUGUCUCUUGCUGCCACAUGCUGACCCCAUGUGUCUUUGGGGUCAUUAUUUUGGAGAGGGGGCAUCCCCAGGGUGUCAGGAGCCCCUGCUGCCCCAGCAUGGGGAGCCAGGACACCCCACUUCUCCCCAUAUUCCCAGGAGAGACACAGCCUGUCCUGCCAUGGCUGCUGCAGCCCCAUCCUGGGCUAUUUGCCCUGGUCAGUGCAAAGCUCAUGUCCUGCCGCAGUGCUUCCAUCCUGUCUGCAGCCAGGAGCCAUGCUGGGCUGAGGACCAAGGGUUGGGAUCACUCAGCAGCCUGGAUGCUCAUGCAUGGAUGCACAAGCACAAGUCUGCCCCCAACCCUGCCUGCUCUGCCAGGGUGAGGGACCCACACUGUGCUGGCUGCCCUGGUCAGGAGGAUUUCCCAGCUUAUGCCCCGUGCUUGCUGAGAUACCCUGUCCUGCGGUGCUAGGGGGCUUACCCACCCCUAGAGCCUAGUGCCAGCAAGCCAGGAUGGCACCUUCUCUGGGUGCCAACCCUGCAGCAUUAUUCUGCCCAGUGCCAUCUCUCUGCAUCUGAGCCCCAGUCUUGGGGGACCCACUCACAGCGUGGGCUUUGGUGGGGAGCAGGGCUGGUCGCCUAGGGGGCACGGCUGAUGGCCACUGUGCUCUGGCUGAGAGCUGAGCUCCCUGUGAGACCCCCCUCCAGCUCCCGCUUGAUUCCUGGUCUCGCCUCAGCCACCAUGGAAGGGACUGACCUGCCCAGGCAGGCAGCCCCACUCCCUGUGGGCCAGAGCCACAGUUCUCCUUUAUUUCUUGGGAUGGUGAUGUCUUUGUGAGACUGGGACACAGGAAGUCCUCUGAUACUGCUCUAUGAUUGUUUCCCCAUGAAUUACAGGAGAGGUUAGCCAGCCUGUGGACCUGUGAGCUGGUGCAAGGAAGCAGCUGUGAGAUGGCAGUUUUUGCUUAGAGCUUUUAUGUGCAUCCUCACCACAAAGGUAGUUUUGAGAGGAAAAGCUCCCAAGACCACAUUUGAGCUGGAGGACGCAUGGAUGGGGCACCUCUGCUCACAGCUCCUCUUGGGCCAGGAUGGUUGUGCUGAAGAAAUGUCUUCCACCACCCAAAGCCACUCUGUGGUCCUCCUGAAGGAUGGAGGCCAUGAACAUGGAUCCCUUUGCUUUGGGAGCAGCCAUCAUGCCUUCUUGCCCGUUGGCAUGGUGUGUGCUGUGGCGGCACUGGGGCUCUGCAGCUCUCAUCCCUUGGGAAGGCCCUGCUGGAGAUGAAGGAUAUGCCAGAGAUGCACAGAGCCUGUGGUCAGCCUGCGGUCGGUGCUAAGGUAUAACAUACCCUGUGUAUAAUGCGAUUAUGCUGUGUGUGGCUGAUUCCACCCCACAAACGGAAAUCUACAUGAGUAUGUAUAUGUGUAUGCUGCCUAAGUCUACGCUGCAUUGUAUAUGUAGAUGGAAACAAGGGCUUGUAGCUCUUCUUUGAGGAACCAGCAUCUUCCAACCCUGCCAAUCACAAGGGAACCUCACUGCUGGUUCAGUCUCUCUAUUUAAUUUGUGUAGGGUGUCUGUGUAGUUUGAGACAAAAGAUGCAGAUUGCACAAUAAAUUUUCUUUGUUCGUUUUUUACCCACUGA